GAAAUGAUAAGCACCCUCUGUGUUUCUCUCGCUCUCUCUCGCUCUCUCUCUCGCUCUGUCUCUCUCUCUCUCUCUCGCUCUCUCUCUUCCUCUCACCUCUGAAAGUACCACUGUGAUCUGUCACUAGUCAGUGAACCGUGUAUGAGUAAUGAAGACUGUGUGAGUGAUCUAUGCCUGUACUGCUGGAUCAGAGAUGGCGGGUGUUUUAUGGAUGCUCUUUGCCGUUUCCUGUCCUUUGGUUCUCUCAGAGAGUGGAGAUUUUGACUGGUCAGAUGAAGUGACCUGCUGGUCGACUAUGACCCUCCGUCAGAGUAACCUCAUCUGUUCAGUCAACGAACCCCUCGAGGAGGACAACCUUUUGACACUCUGCAGAAUGGAGGGUUCAUUGAAAAGUUGUACCAGUGCUACUAAAAGACUACAAGACUUUAUUUUUGAGGAUUUGAUCCUAACAGCAAAAUAUCAGCUACUUAUAGGAAAUGAUGUUAUCAAUAAUGACAUCAACCUGUCAAAAAUGGGCAAGUCCAUCUAUAUAUCUAUCUAUCUUGCCGUGAAAAGGUUUUUACCCCCUUCCUGUAUUUUUUUGCAUAUUUUCAAAAUCCCAGCUCCUGAAAUGAAACUGGCCACUUACAUGGAAAGCACAGAUGAAGUUUUCAUAUGGUUUGAACACAUUCAUGAAUAUGUUAAAUACCCUGAAUUCCAAUUGGAAAUAUGGAGGGACAAAGAUACGAACAAGAUCAUCAUAAACAUUACAAAUAGGAAUUUCAGUAUGAGCAGGGAAAGCCUUGGAGAUGGUGUUUACUGGACACGUGUUCGAGCAAAACCGUGGGACUAUUUUGCUGGCGACUGGAGUGAGUGGAGUUCAAAUGCCAAUUUCACUAUAAAAAUUCCUUCCACAGAAAAGAAUUUCCCAAAGGUUGGUUUCAUCAUCACCUUCUUUGUCAUUCUGGGGCUCAUCAUCGGUUUGGGGACUUUACGAUGGAUGGCACACAUUAAAGACUACAUUACACCAAACAUCCCACACCCCAAGGCAACUCUUGCACAAAUGCAAAGGGGCCUUCCUUUCACUUUCAGUCCUGAGAUAUUCAGUGACGUCUUCAUACACCGUGUGGAUUACGUUGAUGAAAAGCCAUCUUCUCCUGAGCUUCAGGACGGCCUAGACGAGUGCUGCUACAGUCAAGCCAGUUCCUCUAGAACAUCCAUGAGUGAAAUGGACAUGAAAGCUGAUGAAUGUCUUCCAAGAGAGCAGUCCCACCUUAAAAUUAGACUGUUAGAUGAAUCCGAUUUUUUGAAAGCAAGCGAACAUGGCAGCUCUCAGAGCGCAACGGCAGCUCAACAGGAAUGUAAAGAUGAAGCCUAUGUCACUAUGUCCAGUCUCUUCAAAAUGCAGUGAAGAAACUGUCUCAAGUCAGUUCCAGUUCACUGGGGAUUUUACAAUCCAUUGGUUUGUAUAUGACAAAGAGUUAACUGAGAUUUUAUGACGCAUUUAAUAACCCAAUAAGCCUGUGACAUAUAUGAGGCGCUUUAACACAUCACUAGUCAUGUCCGGUUUGUUGCUCGGAUGCUAACCAAGUUUGUACAUAUAGCAGUCAUCCACAGGUUUCAUUUUCAACCAAGCAUCGUGCACAGCUGUGGUCUCCAUUUUGGUAGCCAAUUUCCUUCUGAAUGUUUCAGAAACACAGGCAUUAAGAGUGAUAAGAAAAGUCAUCACACAUAUACUCAGACCUCAUGUAACUGCUGCUAGCCUCAGUAUUCUCUGCCAGACCUCGCACACAACUUUCAAACCUAAUACAUAACAGUUCAAGUGGCACUUUUUCAAUUAACUGAGGAUUUAUUUAUAACAAUGGGAAAAAAAAUAUUUUCUGUGUAUAUUAAAAACAUCUGCUUGUUAU